AUGUCACCACCAUACCAGUCGUGGCGCGGGCUGGUCCCCGCACUUGCCGCUCUACCGCCCGCUCUCUUUGCGCUGUACUACUACACCCAGUUCCCCCGCGCUCCCAAGGCUCUGGAGAUACAUCCUUCUCUCGCCAGUUUGACAGGACCCGCGGGCCAGAGAGCCAAGGAGAUAUACCCAGAGGCCAUUUUCGAGGGUGGCGCGUACUUUAACGCUCCUCUUGGCAGGACGCGUUACUGGCUCGUUGGCCCUCAAGAUGGGAAGCGGGUUGUCUUGAUUCAUGGCCUCACGGUGCCAGGGAUCAUCUGGAAAGACGUAGUGCCUAGAUUAGUGGCCAACGGAUGCCGCGUUCUCGUAUACGACCUUUACGGCCGGGGAUAUUCAGAUGCACCGGCCACGACCUACAGCGCCGCGUUGUAUGCGACGCAACUCGCGUUAUUGAUGCAGCACAUCGGAUGGGAGAAAGCAUACAUAACCGGCGUCUCUAUGGGUGGCGCCAUUGCAACAGCAUUCAACGCAUGGUACCCCCAUCUCGUCGACGGUAAGAUCGUUCUAAUCGCGACUGUCGGGCUCUUCAAGCCCAGCGACAUGUCGUACUCGUUCAAGUACAUGUCUUCACCACUCUACCUGGUUACCUGGGAUAGCUUACCUGGUCGUAUGCACUUGCGACACUUAGCCAACUCGAAGUCGCUCUCCGACCCAAUCUCGGAGUUCGUGCGCAUCCAGUCCGCCUACUUGAAGGGCUUCAACCACGCGGUGGCAUCCUCCAUACGGGAUGGACCUGUCCGCGGUCUAGAGUGGGCUUUCGAGUCUCUUGCCUCUUCCAAGACCGACGUCCUGAUCAUUCAUGGAACUAACGAUGGAGAUGCGCCGUACAAGUUUGCAGGAUUCGUCAAGAAUCUUGUUCCUCGCUCGAGACUUGUCACUGUCGAAGGCGGGGGACAUGACUUGACGCUUGAACAACCCGAAUUAGUCAGCCGUGAACUCGUUGACUUCUUCAACGCAAACUAG